CACAAAAGUUGACUGAAAACAGUCGGAAGAAAACCAAAGGAAAAAAGCUCCAUUUCAGUCCCGUCGGUCGAUUUCAAUGGCGAAAGCUUUCUCUUUGACGAUUGUAGCCGCCUUAUCCAUGAUCUUCAUUUGUUCCGCGGCGUUUGCGGAAUCCGGCAACUCACCAUUUAUCGUUGCCCAUAGAAGGGUUUCCCAGAAAAAGAUGAAUUCGGAUCUGGAACGGCUCUCCAUCUCCAUCGACAUUUACAACGCCGGAUCCGAAACCGCAUAUGAUGUAACACUCACCGACGAUAGCUGGGCUCAAGAGGUUUUCGAUUCUGUUAUUGGCAACACAUCUAAUACCUGGGAAAAACUUGAAUCUGGUUCCCUUGUGUCGCACUCGUUUGAGUUGGAAUCUAAAGUGAAAACUGUUUAUUAUGGGGCACCUGCUUUGAUCACCUAUCGAGUUCCUACAAAGUCGAAGCUACAGGAAGCGUAUUCCACCCCGAUUCUGCCAGUGAAAAUUCUGUCAGCACCAACGCACAAUGAGAAAAUUGAAAUUGCAAAGAGGUUGGUGGCAAGGUACGGGUCGCAUGUUUCGGUGAUUCUCUUGGUUGCCCUUUUCGCGAAUGUUGUAAUUUCUCCGUCAAAAUCUGCGACUGGAAACAAGAAAAGGCGUUGAUCGCCUGUAUUAUCUUUCCGUUUAAAAGCAAGACUUGGUCGGAAAAAAAAAUGAACUGGCUUUGUUUGUAGCUGUUAGGUUGACAUAGUAGUUCAUGGAGAAGGUAGAGAAAGAGAGAGGGCCUAACUACAUUGAGGAAUUUAUUAUACUUUACCAAUAUAAUUAAUUUUAUGGGUUUAGACUAUUUUAUUUAAAUAAAAUUGUCUCUUAAUGGUUUA